AUGGAAGCUUAUUGCAGCCUGGCGUUCACGCUCUUUGAAGAUGCCGAAUUGCUAAAAAACGGGGAUGUUCGCGCGCCGCUCGUGCAGAUUUUGGCGCAGUGCGCCGUGAAGCAGGGGUACCUGGUGCAGGUGGUAUCUGGCCUGCUGCAUCUGCUGCACCACCAGAAGCACUCCCCCGAUGUAGUCACGGACGUGGUGGUGUACGCGGAUGAGCAGCUGGGGCAGGCGAGCCUGGCGGCGGCAGUUCUGCAGGACGUGGGGAGGACGGGGCUGAAAGAGUAUAGCCGCGCGAACAGCGGCGUGCACGAGGUGGCGGAGUUCCUCGUCGCCCUCGCCAACAAGCAGCCUCGCCUGCUCGCCGCAUCCCUGCCGCUGCUCGUGCCGCACCUCGAACACGGGGAGUCCGCCGUGCUCCGCUGCGCCAUCGUCACCGCCAUCAGCCGCCUCCUCGCGCGUCUCUACUCCGCCGACGCUGGCGGAGCGCCUGGCGGAGCAGGGUCUGCGGCAGGAGACGGGGGCGCGGAGGGGAAAGGAGCGGAAGGGGACGAGGACGGGGAGGGCGGAAGGGAUUCCGCGGGUGGCGCGGAGGAGGAAGGCCCCGCGGCGAGGGGCGCGAUACGUGCGCGGCUGCAGCGGCUGCGGAGCAAGCAGGGGCUGCUGGCGGUGCUGAUGGAGCGCGCGCGCGACCAGUCCGCGCACGUGCGCAGCCGGGUGAUGCAAGUGUGGGCGUGGCUGUGCGGGGAGAAGGCGGUGCCUCUGGGGCACUGGAAUGCGGUGGCGGAGCUGGCGGUGGGGCGGCUGGAGGACAAGUCGUCGCUGGUCAGGAAGAAUGCGUUGCAGUCGCGCCCUCCACACCUCUUUCCACCAAUGUCCACCACUCCCAACCCCUCUCAACAGCUCCUGGGCGAGAUGCUUCACCAGAACCCGUUCGGCCCGAGUUUGCGGGUGGCACCAUUCGAGGUCACCCUGGAGAAGGCUCGUGUGGAGCUGGCAGCCAUGGAGGAGAGCCGCCGGCGCGCCGAAGAGCAGGAGGCCAGGGAGGGAGGCGAGGGCGACGGUGAUGGAGAGGGUGAGGGCGAGGGGGUGGAGGGCGCAGGAAAUGAAGGGGCAGGACCAGCGGCUGCAGCAGUGGAAGUGGGGGUGGGGGGGGAUUCUGAAGGAGGUGUGGGUGAUGAUAGCUGGGUGGACUCCCAGGCGACCCAGGGAGACGGGGAGGGACAGGGAGAGGGAGGCAAGGCAGGAGGUGCUGCUGGUGCUACUGCAGAGGGGCUUCCAGACGGAGCUGCUGGGGCAGCAGGGGCAGCAGGGGCAGCAGGCGAAGCAGGCGGGGGGGGGAAGGCGGUGCUGGGGCGGUCGUUCGGGGUGGAGCAGACGCGCACGCUGGUGGCGUCGCUGAGCGCGGGGCUGCAGUUCUGCCGCCUGCUGGCGGCCGUGACGGGCGCGCUGGCGGCGCUGCUGGGGUCGAGCGCCGUGUCGGACGUGGAGGGCGCCAUCCUGCUGCUCACGGCGCUGCAGCACUUCCGCGUGGACGGGGCGAGUGAAAGGCUUAAGAAGAUCCUGCCGCUGGUGAGAUGGGAUACGAGUGUGAGGAAGGUGACUGAUCCUGCUGUACGAGCAGCAGUGGAGGCGGCAGUGCUGGAGCUGCACGUGAAGGGGCGAGGGCGAGCCACCCUCAGGGCUCUCACACGUCUCUCUCGCCUUCCCAUCCCCCCUCCCUCCCGUAUCCAGGUCUUCUCCCACGAUCCUGCUGUACGAGCAGCGGUGGAGGCGGCAGUGCUGGAGCUGCACGUGUUCUCCCACGAUCCUGCUGUACGAGCAGCGGUGGAGGCGGCAGUGCUGGAGCUGCACGUGAAGGGGCGCUCAUCCCAGCAGGCAGCGCGCAGCCUCGUGGCUCUCACGCACGGCGCCUCCUCUGGCGACCUGGCGGCGCUGGAGGUGCUGGUGGGCACGUUGGUGCACAAUGGGGAUGUCACCAUGCAAAUGGUGACCAUCCUUUGGGACAUCUUCACUUUCAACUUGCCAGGAGCCACGUCAGCAGAGAGCACAGGCGCGCUGAUCCUCCUCUCCAUGGCCGCAAAAACCCGCCCGGAAAUCCUCAACCACCAUCUGAGCGCGCUCCUAGCCAUAGGCCUAGGCAGGCGGGCUCAGAGCGACCCUCUCCUCGCUCUCUACACCUGUAUCGCCCUGCAAAGGGUUUCCGAGGAGGUUCGGGAGGAAAUGGGGGCGGGGCACAGGGUAUUUGCGCUGCUUGAGGGGGUUAUUUCGGGCAGCUCUCUGGAAUUGCCUGAAAGGGCGAGGUAUGGUGUGAUGGAGCAGGCGGUAAGGGCGGUUUAUGUGCUGCAUCCUGCGCCGGAGAGGUACUGUGGCGUGCUGCUGAAGAAGCUUGUAAAGGGGAUGUUUGGACGGGGUGCUGCUGUGGUGGGUGGAGGAGGGGGAGGUGGGGGGGGAGGGGAGGGUGAGGGUAGGGAGGGAAGUUGCGUGAGUGGUGUUGUUGAUGGUAGUGGGGAGGCCGGUAACGAGGACAAAAAUGCUUUCGUUUUUGUGACCGGGCAGGCUGCCCUAGAGCACUUGGUCCACGUGGAGAGGCUCGUGCGCCGCAUCCGGGCAGCCCGCGCAGCAAAGGAAAAAGCAGAGGCUGAAGCAGCUGCCGAAGCCAUGGAGGCCAGCCUGACCGGGAAAAAGCCAAAGGCAGGCAGGAAGAGCACAGGCCGGAAGAGUACAGUCUCUGGGGCAGGGAAGAGGAGAAGCGUCGCUGCCACCCCUGCAGUGUAUGAGUACGAGAGUGAAGAAGAGGAGUUGGGCGUAGAGAGUGUGGGCGUGAGGGAGGAGGAAGAGGAAAAUUCGGGUGAUGGAGGGGACAGCGGGGGAAGGGGGGAUAAGAUGGGGGAGGAGCUGGGGACGGCAGUGACAGCAGAGGCGCAGCUAGAGGCGCUACAGGAGCAGGUGGAGGGGGAGAUAGUGGCCAUGGAAAAGGGGCUGGAGAGGAGGCGGGGCGAGGGGCGGGAGUACCUGGUGGGGCGGGUGGCGUGGUUUAUCUCGGCGCUGUGCAGGCGACCUCAGGCGUUUGCAGCGAGUCAGGGAGUGUAUGUGUGUGCUGUGCUCUCAUUGUCCAAGCUCAUGGCCAUCGACAGCCACUUCUGCGAGUCCCACCUGCAGCUGCUCUUCACACUCCUCCGCACCCAUCCGCACCCCUCUGUGCGCGCCAACGCCAUGGUGGCCCUAGGGGACCUGGCUCUGCGCUGCCCCAACCUGCUGCAGCCGUGGACGCCCCACUCGUACACCGCUCUCAGCGAUGGGGACGCGUUCGUGAGAAGACAGGCGCUCUUGGUGCUCUCUCACCUCAUUCUCAACGACAUGAUGAAGGUGAAGGGCCACAUCAGCAGCCUGGCAGUGUGUCUGGAGGACCCUGAGCCGCGCAACGCUGACCUUGCCCGCCUCUUCUUCCACGAGCUCUCCAAAAAGGGCUCCUCUCUGGUCUACAACCUGCUGCCGGACAUGCUGAGCCACAUGGCGGUGAAUCCUCACCUCUCAGAACCCUCGCUGCAUGCCAUCCUGCGCUUCCUCAUCGCCUUCAUAGACAAGGACAAGCAGCGCGAGGGGCUCAUCGACAAGCUCUGCCACCGCUUCACCAACGCCCACCCCGCAUCCUCCUCGGCUGCUGCGUGUAUUACUGCUGGUGCUGCUGCUGCUGCUUCUAUCGACGUGGUUCCUGCUGGGACUAUGGCAGAUGCAGCUGCUGCCAAUGGCGCUACCAGUGGUGCUGAUGCCGAUUCCAUGUCUGCUACUUCUCCCGACAUGGAUCCCACUGCUGCUUCUGAGGAAGGCAUCAGCACCAACAGCAGCGACAACAGCGGCACUACUAAGAACGCCAACGGUAGCAGCAGCAGGGGUGGCAGGGACGGGAGGGUGCAGCAGCAGCGCAUGGUGGCCUUCUGCCUCUCCCUGCUGCCGAUCUCCGAGCGCGGUGCACGGAGGCUGAUGGACAACUACAAGGACAUGAAGGACGCCCUGGGGGACGCUGCCGUGCUGGAGUACCUGAGGACCGCCACUGGCAAG